AAUGACGUACUCGGAAGAGCUUUUACAUGGCGGUUGUCAUGUUUGAUUCCUAUAAUAAUCAGGCGGGUGAUUGAAUAAGAGGUUUUAUAGUCGGGAUAUGAGCUAUACGCAUCGUACAAUCCACAGCCGAGGAGACAUAAACAAAAGCAGGUCAUAUGGAGGGGACACUGAAAGACUCGAGGCCUAGCAGCCAGUUCUCCAGCCUGAAUGAAGAUGAAACCAAUGAACAAUUAAAUGAGGCUUGUUUACUCAGUGACAACGAACUGUGUAUUGAUGAUCAAGAUUCCUGUUAUGAUUUUUCUCACGUGGUCAUUCCAGAAACUCCAGAAAGCCCUUUCACUUUACGAAGAAAACGGCAUUCCCAAGUGACUGAUAAUUACAGUGAGGGUGCACUAAGUGGUCCAGAUACCAAAAGGUCCGAGAGAAGGGACAUGAUUCACGGAUACUUCAACACAACCCCGAGCUCUCGUAGGACACUGAAACGCAGGAGAAUGCAAGUCCCUGUAGGAGGUGUCAAUGAUGUCCAAGCAGUAAAUGAAACAGGAUUUGUACCUGCUUCACACCUUUUAUCUGAUUUCACAUGGCUGGAGUCUCCACACCCCUCACAGUCCACCGUCUCCUGCUCUUCUGCUUCUGCCACGUCAUGUUCUGCUGCAGCUCCUGAACACUCUGUGCUGGGAGCUGCUGCUGGUCAGAUCUACUCGAGUAAGACUUCACUGUGUGGUCAUGCCUCUGAGCAAAAAAUACUUAAAUGCAAUAAGGAGCAGAGACUGAAAAAGACAUCAACUAGAAAUAGUCCUGGGUCCUCUAGGUGUACAUCAGCAGCACUUUCACUUGCAGCAGAGGAGACACACUUGCAAGAUACAGAGACAGAAAGAAGAGGUGGAUGUGUGCAGGAGGAGGUGGUUGUUAUAGAUGAGGACGAUGAUGAUGACGAUAUGGUGGUUGAGGCUACAGUUCGUUCUAUUCAAAUGGCUGAAGACGAGGCAUUUGCUAGAAGCCUCCAGGAACAAUUUGAUAGAGAGGAACAGCUUCAUCAGGAGCAAAGUCGAUUACAAGCCACAUCACCAGACAGACAUCCACAAAACCUCCCCUUUGAUUCCUAUGUAGGUUUGAGCUGGAUCUCUCCUUGGGCCUCCAUGGUGCACUCGGCCUCAUUCUCAGAGCUGCAGGAGGCCAUGCUUGUGGGGCAGCCCAGCAGGCAAACGAGACAGAAUCGGGGAGGGCGCAGCUCUCGCUACAGAAACAGUCCACACACGGCUUUAGACCUGCUUGAUGACAGCCAAGGAAAUAACUAUGAGGCCCUUCUGGCAUUUGAGGAGAUCCAGGGAGCUGUGAUGGCCAAGAAAACCCUCAGUAAAAGGGAAAUUGAAAGACUCCCUGCAAAAGCUUAUGACCCUGCACACAAUGCAGGAAAGACAGAAUGCCAGAUCUGUUUCUCUGACUACAAGAAAGGGGAGAAGCUGCGAAUAUUGCCAUGUUUCCAUGACUACCACGUGAAGUGCAUUGACCGCUGGUUGAAAGAGAACGCCACCUGUCCUAUCUGCAGGGCGGAUGUGUCGUUGUAGUGCACGUUAUCUCAGGACUGCUUCUCUACCUCACAACACAAGACUACAAAAUCUGUAUUGUAUGCAUGAAUUUUAACUUGUACCUCUGAAAAGUCUUCUCCUAAAAAAGGACUAACGUAAUGGAUGAACCAGCGUAAUUUCUGAUUGACAUACAUUCAAUAUAUCCAAAUUCACUGUUAAUUUACUAUUGUGCAUAAUUUUUUUUUUUUUUUUAA